CACCAAAAGAUUGGCUACUCGAUAUAUAUUAGAGUUACUCGCGAGUACGCGGCGUUGCUAAGGGUCACUUUGAGCACAGCAUUCAUGAGCGUGACUGCUGUUGAAUAGAAACAUCGCCGGAGGUCAUCGGCGUCAAAGCAGCGGAGAACAGCCCAAUGCGAUGGUGCAAGACAGCACAGCUGCUCUGAGGGUUAAACGCAACAGAUGAGCAGAUAGACAAGACACAGCUGCUGCUCUGACUUACAAACGCUGUUCUGGAUAACCGAAAAGAAUGAACACAAACGACGCGAAGGAUUACCUCUCCAAACGACAGAUCCCACACCUAUUUGAGGUAAGGGUCACCCACAGGAGAGCAAGAAUAACACAUCUGGAAACAUCUGCCUGUCUGAAAUCUGAUUAUGUAGUCUGUGUUUUCAAGAGCAUGUUAACAGGGCUGAUGUACCACAGGCCUGAGGAUCCUUUGACAUUCUUGGAGAGCUGUCUGCAGAAAACACGAGACCUCGGGGGUCCUGAAUGUGUGGCCUGGGACACUUUCAUUACACCUGAUCGAAAACCUCUACCACCAAUCACCCCGGCACAGGGGAAGAAAGCCCCCUGCAAACUCGACGGUGGUCCUGGUCCUGGCCCCGGGCCUUACCGUCGAUAUGAUAGGCUGCCACCAAUUCAAGCCCAGUUCUCCAUAGAAAGUGACUCAGAUAUGACAGAGUCCUCAGGGCUUAUACAGGAGUAUGAUGUCUUUGACCCAUCUAAACCACGACCGCACAUCAUAUUCAUCAUAGGUGGUCCCGGCAGUGGGAAGGGGACACAGACAGCUAAAAUUGCACAUCGCUAUGAUUUCGAGCAUGUGUCUGUGGGGGAAAUUUUAAGGAACCAGUUGCUGCAUCAUGCCCCCAGUGACAGGAAAUGGGAGUUGAUUGCUCAGAUCAUUGCCAAUGGAGAACUGGCACCUCAGGAGACGACUAUUGAAGAGCUGAAACAUCAGUUUAUCAAGAAGCAGGAUGCUAAAGGAUUCAUUGUGGAUGGAUUCCCUAGAGAGAUCUCACAGGCGUUCACCUUUGAGGAGCAGAUUGGCUCUCCAGACUUGGUGAUCUUGCUUGCCUGCUCCAAUCAGCAACUUCGGCAGCGUUUAGAGAAAAGAGCGUCCCAGCAGGGCCGCCCCGACGACAAUACUCACGCUAUUGAGAAGAGACUAGAUACUUUCAAACACAAUAUCACACUCAUAGCCAAGUACUACCAGGAGAGAGGACUUAUUGUAAGGGUCGAUGCAGAUCGAGAAGAAGAUGACAUUUUCACAGAUAUUUGUGCCAUUGUAGAGGAAAGAUUGUUCCCUAGUGACAUGAAUGCAAGCAGUACUGAGGAUCUUUAGAGGGACGUCUACACAUCCAAAAACCCACAGCUGCUCCCAUUACAUCCUAAAUGUUUAAAAGCAGCUCGCCAAAUUAACUCGAGGGUCAAAGUCGAGAAUCAGUGAAAAAGGUCCAGGACAGUUACACUUGUGUUGUUGCCUCUAUUUGUAUUUCACUGUGAAUUUUCUCUGUACAACUUUUGCAGUAAUUUAAUAAGAAUGACUUUAGAGCAUAACCUUUUUUCCAACAUUUUCAGUUUUUGUUUCUGAAUUUUAAUGUUUUUUUGACUUGAUAUUAUUAAUGUGUAAAUUUAGAGGUCAAGCCAGAAAUAAUGUGAGUUGUUAAAAAAAGCACCAAAGUGUAAUACAAUAUCGGUGUCAAAUACAAUAACAAUGUCAACUGUUUUCAAACAAAUUACCUCACCUAUUCCUACAACAAGCACUGAAAUGGAUUAAAUGAUUACUGAUUAA